ACCUCAGCCCAGUUCAGACCUCAUGUGUGAAAUAACGACUAAAUCAAUGAACUAUUAAAUAUUACUGAGAAUCUCAUGUUGAUACUUGGAACAGCAAUAAAUGAAAUGUCUCAGGUAAAAAUUUUUUAAGGUAGGAAUGUUGUUUGUUCAAGCACAACAAGCAGUUAGGCUUUUACAAAGAUCUUUAAAGUCUGACAUUAAAUCACGCGAUGUCUUGAACAUAAAAAAAAACAUUAUUACGACAUAUUAAAUUAAUGCGUUACCUUUAACACAAAAUCGACACGACGAUAACACCAGCUUGUUGCUGAAUAUCAAAGCGAAAAUCUGUCAUAAUUCAUCAGCUUUGUUUUAGAUUAUUCUAUAACCUGGUGGAUAUGAUAUGGCUGGUGGAUAUGAUCUAGACCGCUUCGUUCAUCCUGUUGAUGAAGAUUUCCGCUGCAGUAUUUGCCUCGAUGUGUUAAGAAAUGCAAAAUUAUGCGAGGCAGGAGAUCAUCAUUUUUGCUUUGAUUGUAUAUUACCACACCUUGCUAAUUCACCAACGUGCCCAGUGUGUCUACAACUCCUUACUCCAGAAACUUUGCAACGUCCCCAAAGGCUUCUAAGGAACUAUUUGUCGGAGCUGAUAAUCCGUUGUGUUUAUCACAAUCGAGGGUGUCGCGAAGGGGUUCAGCUUGGAAAUCUAGAAAAUCACGAGAAUGGUUGUGAAUAUCGUGAUGUUACGUGUGAGACCUGUGGCUUGCAAUUUAUUGCAAGAGAAAUGGCCACUCACCAGAUUUACUGUCAACUUGGUGGAGCCGAAAUGCAGCAAGUGGAUGACUUUAUGCAUAACUAUGAAGAAUUUCGCACGUCAAUGGAUACGAGAGUUACUAGAAUUGAGGAUAUGUUUUAGGUGACGAAACAACAUUUUGGAAGAUCUGAAAGAAUUAUCGGAUCGCCAAGUACAGACAAUGAUAGCAAGUUUAUAAUGCUCUAGUUACAGUCUCAAAACUCAAGCCAACAACCACCGGGAUUACCAUCGGAAGUUGGUAUUGUCAUGCAUAAGUUUAUGCCUAUGUUUUAAAAACUGUUGAAAUUCAAUUAAUUUUUAUCACUAAACUCAAUUAAUAUUAUAUUUAUUUAACAAAUUGUAUAAUUUUCCACCACGAUUGAAUCAUUCUCGAGUAUUCUGAAAAUGUGUGUCUAGCAAUGAAGUUUUUCAAUGUGAAAUUAUUAAUUACGCUGUUUAACAUUGCAAAACCU